AUGUCGUGCGAGGAAAGCUACUUAGCCAUCAGACGCUAUCUGACUGAUGAGCGGGAGCCGUACGCGCCUGGGACUCAUGGCAAUACUAAAAGAAAGAUUCGUAAAGCAGCCGCUUGCUAUGUCGUGCGGAAUGGCACACUGUAUUACCAGAGAAGGCAGAAAGGCCUGGAUGAAUUCACCGAGUUGGAAGUGGUGUUACAGGCUGGUCGGAGGAAGGAACUUAUCGACGAGUCACACAUUGUCGCCGGAGAAGAGCACCUCAACCAGCAUCACACUUGGGAAUCAAUUUCUCAGAAGUAUUGGUGGAGAGGUAAAAUAGCAACUACAGCUAAAUUAUGUAGCAACAAUUUUUUGAUUGUUUAUUAGGCCAGAGAACACGCGUAAAAGAGAACACCAGCAGGUAUAUUUCCUUCGCAGUUUGUUAGCCAUAUGGCUAGCCAGGUAUGUAGCUAGCUAUUUAGCCUGUGUCUGAUUGGUCAAUCAAUGCAUGGUACACUUAAAGGUGCAAUAUGCAGAAAUCAUUCCGCCAUUUCCUGGUUGCAAAAAUUCUAAAUUCUAAACCCAGAGGCGCAACAUCGUGAGACUUCUGUGAAUUCUUGCCAAACAGACCAGUAUGAGAAGUGAAUGAGAGAAGUGAAAAAGUAUUCAUUUUUAGUUGUUAGUUUUCUCAAUCUAAAUGCACAACGUAGAUUCGAGCCAAUGUCUUAAGUAGUUUGAACGCAUUACUCCAACCUCGUGAAAGUGACAAGCUGACACAUUUUAAUAUUAGUCAAAAACUACUUUAUAUCGAAGGAGUACAUUUGAUUUGAAGGCCUACACAUAUGCAGUUCGGGGUGAAACGACCGUUGGACCCGAUGAGGUGUUUUUACGUUUUACACUUUUAGCAGACUCUUAUCCAGAGCGACUUACAGGAGCAAUUAGGGUUAAGUGCCUUGCGCAAGGGCACAUCAACAGAUUUUUCACCUAGUCUGCGAUUUGAACCAGCGACCUUACGGUUACUGGCCCACCGCUCUUAACCGGUAGGCUACCUGCCGCAUGAGCUUUGAUAGCCAACGCCGCCAUGAUAUUGACUAGAAGUGUGAUCAGGGAUUUCUUUUGGAGAAGCAGUUUUAGGUUACCUUCAUAUUGUACUGUCUUUGUUCAGGCCCUACCCAGGCCCAAUUUGCUUCUGUGAAAUUGAAGGCCCGGCCCUGCCAGAAAUCAGAAAUAACUUCCCCCAUUAGUAAAACCAUUAGCUGCUCCUCUCUCUCAAGCAACGGCUCCGCUUUUGCUGCUCUGCUCAAUGAAGACACAUGAGAGAGCAGUUAGCUUCUUUUCGUCACUCAACUCCGACAACACUCAAGUAUAAUUUAUUAUUUUCUGUGAAAUAAUCUCCUUUCUUAUAUUUGACAAGGUUGAAGCACUUCUGACACCAUGUUCUGAUCUUAGUCCGAUAUGACUGUACUGUGCAGCAGAGCACGAGCAAAUGGCGCCGCUUCAAAAUGUUAGCGAUCAAUUCAGUGAUACCUGAGCCCUGCCCGUUUUGUCUCUGUGUCCAGUAUGAAGGAAGUUAAGAGGUAGUUUUGCGAAUCAAUGCUAACUAGCGUUAGCACAAUAACUGGAAGUCAAUGGGUAUCUGCUAGCAUGCUCGACUCAGAGACGUAAAAAUUGUAUCCACGAGUUCAUGGGACUCUGGGGAAGUAGAUAAAAGGUCUCGUUGCCAAAAUCCUGGAGUAUCAAACUUUCUAAAAACAGAGCAUGAUGUCAAGAAUAGUUCACAUUGUGUUGUAUAAUGUAUAUUUUAACUUUUUGAACUUGAUAAAUAAAUACAUGUAUUAAACAAAAAAAAAGUUACUGUCAUUUCGAAAUUUUGCACAGAAAAUCUUUUCAGUUUUUAGAGUUAUUGCAUUUUCUCCCCGGUCCCUAAACGUCUUUGCUUCACGAAAAAAGCAGAGAUGACAGAGAACUUUACCGAUGUCAACUAGAUUGAAGCAUCCAUUCUAUCGAUUUAUGACAUUAUUCUGGUGCAGCAAGGUUUUAUUUAGUCUUCUAGGGCAACAUGUAAUGACAGAAGAGAAGCUGCAUGUAUCUAAUUAUAGACAAGUUGACUAACAAAUAGCCUUAAAAAAAUGUCGGAAAUAUAAGCAGUAACAUAUCUAAAUCGGGCAACAACAAAAAAAUCAUUCCGCCGUCUCUGACUGUAGCCUACAGCGCAUUUUCUGUAUUAGGUCUUAGAUUUUCACUUUAACGCAUAUCGACGGGCGGUUGCAGACGGGCUAUUAGCAAGUGCGGGUGAACAAACAGCUGACCUGCGCACCACUAGUACACACGUCAACACACCACUCAUCAAUAUUUAAAUGUCUACCUCUCUCCAUGUGUGCACAUUUCAAAAAACUGACAUUUUGUCCAAAAAUGUCUACUUCUCAAUGAUGUGACGAGAGUAGUACUAAUGCACCGUAAUGACGAAUGGAAUACAUCUAGCUACUGUAACUAUGACGAAUGGAAUACAUCUAGCUACUGUAACUAUGACGAAUGGAAUACAUCUAGCUACUGUAACUAUGACGAAUGGAAUACAUCUAGCUGCUGUAACUAUGACGAAUGGAAUACAUCUAGCUACUGUAACUAUGACGAAUGGAAUACAUCUAGCUGCUGUAACUAUGACGAAUGGAAUACAUCUAGCUACUGUAACUAUGACGAAUGGAAUACAUCUAGCUGCUGUAACUAUGAAGUGUGCACUCGUACUGUUCGUUGGGAAUACACAUCAAUGUGAUUAACCCAGGUGUGUAAUCCCAGGUAUCCUGAAGCAGGUGAAGGACUACAUGAGACAGUGCAGCCAGUGCCAGAGUAGACAGGACCGGCGAGGGCUGUCAGAGGACGGUGGCGGAUCCAGAUUGGUGGGCCGACCAGGGAGACCAAGGAAGGUCACAACCCCAGCCAGUGACGACGAGGAGGAGGAGGAGGAGGAGGAGGGCAUUGUGACUUCCAGUCACCACAAGACCAAGAGCCUGAAGACUGUGGCUAAACACGAACUGGUCUUUGUAAGUGUUGCUGUAUUUCUUUGGGAUGUAGCCUGAUCACUUUACUGACUACCAGUCAGAUUUUCACUCACUCACUCAAAGAAACAGGUUGUUUGAUAACUGCACUUUGUGGGGUAUGCCGAUGAUGGUAGGAUCUCAUGGAUGAACAGAAAAGCCGCACACUGUGGCUCACACUGGCAGAGUUACUCCACAUCAAUACUCAGGCUGACUGGCUGUCGUUAAGAAAUAAGUGCACUCAGGCUAUCCGGAAGGCCAAAGUUAGUUACUUUAAGGAACAGUUCUCUCUCUCUGGGUCUAACCCCAAGAAGUUCUGGAAAACGGUUAAAGACCUGGAGAAUAAACCCUCCUCCUCACAGCUGCCCAUGUCCCUUAAUGUUGAUGUGGUUGUCACUGACAAGGAGCACAUGGCUGAGCUCUUUAAUCACCACUUCAUUAAGUCAGGAUUCCUAUUUGACUCAGCCACGCCUCCUUGCCCGUCCAACACUUCCUCAUCUCCCAGCCCUUCUAAUGCGACUAGCCCAGAUGCUCCUCCCUCUUUCCCCCCCGCUACACAGCUUCUCCCUACAGGCGGAGGUUCCCAUUGCUUGGAAGGCAGCCACGGUGCGUCCUUUAUUUAAAGGGGGAGAUCAAGCUGAUCCUAACUGUUACAGGCCAAUUUCUAUCUUGCCCUGUUUAUCAAAAGUGUUGGGAAAACUUGUCAAUAAUCAACUGACUGGCUUUCUUGAUGUCUAUAGUAUUCUCUCUGGUAUGCAAUCUGGUUUCUGCUCAGGUUAUGGAUGUGUCACUGCAACCUUAAAGGUCCUAAAUGAUGUCACCAUUGCCCUUGAUUCUAAGCGAUGUUGUGCUGCUAUUUUUAUUGACUUGGCCAAAGCUUUUGAUAGGGUAGACCAUUCCAUCCUUGUGGGCCGGCUAAGGAGUAUUGGUGUCUCUGAGAGGUCUUUGGCCUGGUUUUCUAACUACCUCUCUCAAAGAGUGCAAUGUGUAAAGUCAGAAUAUCUUCUGUCUCUGUCUCCAAGGGAGUACCCCAAGGCUCGAUCCUCUUUACCAUUCGGCCAUCAGAUAUUCCACCAAUGCUCCUUAUAGGACACAUCACUGCACUCUAUAAUCCUCUGUAAACUGGUAAUCUCUGUAUACCCGUCGCAAGACCCACUGGUUGAUGCUUAUUUCUAAAACCCUCUUAGGCCUCACUCCCCCCUAUCUGAGAUACCUACUGCAGCCCUCAUCCUCCACAUACAACACCCGUUCUGCCAGUCACUCUGUUAAAGAUCUGUUAAAGAUCCCCAAAGCACACACAUCCCUGGGUCGCUCCUCUUUUCAGUUCGCUGCAGCUAGCGACUGGAACGAGCUGCAAAAAACACUCAAACUGGACAGUUUUAUCUCCAUCUCUUCAUUCAAAGACUCAAUCAUGGACACUCUUACUGCCAGUUGUGGCUGCUUCGCUUGAUGUAUUGUUGUCUCUACCUUCUUGUCCUUUGUGCUGUUGUCUGUGCCCAAUAAUAUUUGUACCAUGUUUUGUGCUGCUACCAUGUUGUGCUGCUACCAUGUAGUCAUGUGGUGGCUCUACCAUGCUGUGUUGUCUUAGGUCUCUCUUUAUGUAGUGUGAUUGUGGCGUUGCUUAUGUAGCGUUGUCGUGGCGUUGUUGUGGCGUCGCUUAUGUAGGGUUGUCGUGGCGGCGUCGCUUAUGUAGCGUUGUCGUGGCGGCGUCGCUUAUGUAGCGUUGUCGUGGCGGCGUCGCUUAUGUAGCGUUGUCGUGGCGGCUCUCUUGGCGUGAUGUGUUUUGUCCUUUAUUUUUAAACCCAGCCCCACGUCCCCACAGGAGGCCUUUUGCCUCUUGGUAGGCCGUCAUUUGUAAAUACGAAUUUGUUCUUAAUUGACUUGCUUAGUUAAAUAAAUACAAGCAAAAUACAUUUCAUUGACAAACAUGUUUAUCAGUGUUUCAUCUGAUGUCAAUAAUCCCUGUGUUUAUCUUCCAGGUAGACAGUAAGGGGCUGGUGAAGCAGUACCUUCCCAGGCAUGGGCAGACGAUGCUGGACAAGCUGAACCAGCAGCGCCUCGACAACCAGUUCUGUGACGUCACGCUGCUGAUCGAGGGCGAGGAGCACAGGGCUCACAAGGCUGUGCUGGCCGCCUGCAGCGACUACUUUAAUGAGCUGUUUAUAGAGAAGGGAGCCGUGUCCAGUCAUGAAGCGGUGGUCGACCUCUCAGGUGAGGGCGUCAGGCUAAAUGACUCAAAUGUAAAAUGGAACUUUUCAACUCCACACCACCAGAUGAUUAAUCAGGGUAGAUGUCUGUCGAGAGUAGUUAUCAGAUCAACAGAAAAAGUCACCGUCUGUGGCUGUAUAGAACCUGAGUAUAAAACGGUUGGAAUGAUGUCUGAGUAAUAUGUUUCCCCUGUAAUCAUCAACUUACCGAAGUGGGUUUGGUCAGAUGAACAUUUUACCCCUGAUGAAGACCGCUUGUCUGUCAAAACGUUGGUUAUCGGGUUAUUAAAUGAUUGAGGCUUUUCUUUUUCAAUUGGUCAGAUGAACAACCCCGGUGUCUUGUCUCUGUCAGGUUUCAGCAAGGUCACUUUCCUUCCCCUGCUGGAGUUUGCCUACACCUCCAACCUCUGUUUCAACUUCUGCGUGAUGGCCGACCUGGCCACGCUGGCCCGACACCUUCUGAUGGCCGAGGUCCUUCAGAUCUGUGAGUCCGUCCACAAGAAGGUAGAGGAGCAGAAGCUGAUGGUGUACCAGCAAGGAGACAUCCACACGGUGGUGUCCAGCCAGCCUGCACCCCAACAGGCCCUGAAUGAAGACACUGGGGCCUACAUUAUGACCAUCGGGAGCGACGGCCACGCCGUGGUGACUCACACUGGGCUGGCUGGAGAAGGGGACGCCCUGGACUCCUUGGCUGUCAUGGCCCACGCAGCAGAGGCCUUCGGAGGUGAUCCGAUGUCUGUAGUCACCCAGGCUCUGGGAGGUGAACCAGGGGAGAGUAUGACUGUGGUUGGGGAGGCUGGGUCCGAGACGGUGACUCUAGUCACCCACAGUAGCCAGGCCCAGGCAGGUGAGACGGUCACCCUCUUCUCCCCUACUGGAGGGGCAGAGACCAUGACGGUGGUGACCCACAGCGGCCAGGCCGGAGCCAGUGAGUCCCUGGCCGUGGUGUCGGCCUGUCUGGCUCUGGAGCAGCAGCUGCAUGAAGGGGACGAGGGGGACGGGGCCUUCCUCAUCAGCGUGGACCCAGGGAAGGGGGCCCCUACUGAGGUGGUCCACCUGGCUGUAGCGCCCCCUGUAGUCCAGGAAGACCCAACACCACAGGAGGAGGAGACGUCAGCAUCAGGGCACCAGAAGGUGGAUCCAGCCCUCCAGGCCGAGCCCCAGCCUCCCCCUGCUCCCCAACCCCCCAGGAGAAAGAGAGGACGUCCUGCCAAGGUGAAGCAGGAGGUGAUAGAGGAGCCAGAGUCUCCUGUCAAGGAGGAGGUGCCAGAGCCGGUCUCUACUCCUGCAGAGGAGGUGCAGGCGGAGAUUCAGGGGACCCAUGACCCCUAUAAGAGACGGCUACGGCAGCGCUCCAUGGGGGAGGGGGGGUAUGUCAGACUACACAUGGGGCUGGAGGAGGACGGAGAGGACAAGAAGGAAGCCCAGACCCCCCAGUGUCCCAGCACCCCCAAGGUAGGCCAGACCCCCCAGUGUCCCAGCACCCCCAAGGUAGGCCAGACCCCCCCCAGUGUCCCAGCACCCCCAAGGUAGGCCAGACCCCCCCCAGUGUCCCAGCACCCCCAAGGUAGGCCAGACCCCCCCAGUGUCCCAGCACCCCCAAGGUAGGCCAGACCCCCCAGUGUCCCAGCACCCCCAAGGUAGGCCAGACCCCCCCAGUGUCCCAGCACCCCCAAGGUAGGCCAGACCCCCCCAGUGUCCCAGCACCCCAAAGGUAGGCUAUAGACUAGCACAACACCUGAACGUAAUCACAGUCACUAUAGAUUAAUGCAUGGAUAAUACAUUAGUCUUGCAGAGCAGUCUUUGAGCUUGUGUGUAUGUCUCUUUCUCGCUCUCUGUGUGUGUGUGUGUGUGUGUGUGUGUGUGUGUGUGUGUGUGUGUGUAUCUAUACAUACAUACUACUGUUCAAAAGUUUGGGGUCACAUAGAAAUUUGUUUUAGAAAGAAAAGAAAUUUUUUGGUCCAUUAAAAUAACAUCAAAUUGAUCAGAAAUACAGUGUAGACAUUGUUAAUGUUGUAAAUGGCUAUUGUAGCUGGAAACGGCUGAUUUCUUUAUGGAAUAUCUACAUAGGUGUACAGAGGCCCGUUAUCAGCAACCAUCAGUCCUGUGUUCCAAUGGCACGUUGUGUUUGCUAAUCCAAGUUUAUCAUUUUAAAAAGGCUAAUUGAUCAUUAGAAAACCCUUUUGCAAUUAUGUUAGCACAGCUAAAAACUGUUGUGCUGAUUUAAAGAAGCAAUAAAACUGGCCUUCUUGAGACUAGUUGAGUAUCUGGAGCAUCAGCAUCGGGUUCGAUUACAGGCUCAAAAUGGCCAGAAACAAAAAACUUUCUUCUGAAACUCGUCAGUCUAUUCUUGUUCUGAGAAAUGAAGGCUAUUCCAUGGGAGAAAUUGCCAAGAAACAGGCGCCUUACAGGUCCUCAACUGGCAGCUUCAUUAAAUAGUACCCGCAAAACCCCAGUCUCAACGUCAACAGUGAAGAGGCGACUCCGGGAUGCUGACCUUCUAGGCAGAGUUGCAAAGAAAAAGCCAUAUCUCAGACUGGCCAAUAAAAAUAAAAGAUUAAGAUGGGCAGUCUGAGAUAUGGCUUUUUCUUUGCAACUCUGCCUAGAAGGUCAGCAUCCCGGAGUCGCCUCUUCACUGUUGACGUUGAGACUGGUGUUUUGCGGGUACUAUUUAAUGAAGCUGCCAGUUGAGGACCUGUGAGGCGUCUGUUUCUCAAACUAGACACUAAUGUAUUUGUCCUCUUGCUCAGUUGUGCACCGGGGCCUCCCACUCCUCUUUCUAUUCUGGUUAGAGACAGUUUGCGCUGUUCUGUGAAGGGAGUAGUACACAGCGUUGUACGAGAUCUUCAGUUUCUUGGCAGUUUCUCGCGUGGAAUAGCCUUCAUUUCUCAGAACAAGAAUAGACUGACGAGUUUCAGAAGGAAGUUCUUUGUUUCUGGCCAUUUUGAUCCUGUAAUCGAACCCACAAUUGCUGAUUCUCCAGAUACUCAACUAGUCUCAAGAAGGCCAGUUUUAUUGCUUCUUUAAUCAGCACAACAGUUUUCAGCUGUGCUAACAUACUUGCAAAAGGGUUUUCUAAUGAUCAAUUAGCCUUUUAAAAAUGAUAAACUUGGAUUAGCAAACACAACGUGCCAUUGGAACACAGGACUGAUGGUUGCUGAUAAUGGGCCUCUGUACGCCUAUGUAGAUAUUCCAUUAGAAAUCAGCCGUUUCCAGCUACAAUAGCCAUUUACAACAUUAACAAUGUCUACACUGUUUUUCUGAUCAAUUUGAUGUUAUUUUAGUGACCGCAAACUUUUGAACGGUAGUAUGUGUUUGUAUGUAUGUGUAUAUGUAUGCGUGUGUAUAUGUGUAUAUGUAUGCGUGUGUAUAUGUGUAUUUAUGUGUGUGUAUGUAUAUGUGUAUUUAUGUGUGUGUGUGUAUAUGUGUGUAUUUAUGUGUGUGUGUGUUUUACCCAUCCUAACUGUUGUCUCUUUCCCAACACCCCUAAAGAAGAGGGGUCGACCCGCCAAGAGACUAGUUGAAGAGAUGGAAGCUGCAGCGGCGGUGGCAGGGAUGGAGAACGUUGUCCAGGCAGAGACCGAGGGCGUCCUAUCAACAGACGGCAUUGUAGAUGGAACACCUAUCACAGAGCAGCCCGUGGGGGAGGGGCCAGGUCAAGGCCCCGCCCAGCCAGACGGAGGGAGCUUGGUGGAGGGAGAACACACCUGUUCAGAGUGUGGACUGACGUUUCACAGGCGCUAUGCUCUCAUCAUGCACACACUCAAACACGAGAAGACCAGAGGAUACAAGUGUAGUGUACGUAGCGACACUCUAAAUACGGCUGUCUGUGUAUGUGUGUCUUUUUGAGUCGUGUGUAAUGACUGGCAGCCAGUGAUCUUGCCCUGUUGUGUUUCUAUAUUAGAAGCGAUGUAGUUCUGAGUGAACCAAGAUGUUAUAGUGUUAUCAUAUGAAUGAUCUCUUUUCAUGACAAUGUGUGGUCCUCUGUAGCUCAGCUGGUAGAGCACGGCGCUUGUAACGCCAGGGUAGUGGGUUCGAUCCCCGGGACCACCCAUACGUAAAAAUGUAUGCACGCAUGACUGUAAGUCGCUUUUGAUGAAAGCAUCUGCUAAAUGGGAUAUUAUAAUGGCAGGGUUCCACAACUGGCCUGCAGAUUAUUUUAUUUGGGCCGGCGGGUGAUUUUAUUUGGCCCCCCAAGUUUUCUGAGCAGAAAAAAAAGUUCAUUUAUAUUUUUUAUUAUUAAUGGACAUAAGACUGUAAAAACAACAGCAAAUCAGCUCCAAGUGUUUUUAAUGUUGGAAAUCUGUUCCAAAUAUAUAUGCGUGGGAAAACUUUGGAGCAGAUUUCCAACAUUAAAAACACUUGGAGCUGAUUUGCUGGUGUUUUUACAGUCUUAUAUCCAAUAAUAAUAAAAAAAUAUAAAAACAAAUUCUUCACUUUCCCAAUAAUUACGGAGGGCGGUGUAAUGAUGUGAUAUUACGGAGGGCGGUGUAAUGAUGUGAUAUUACGGAGGGCGGUGUAAUGAUGUGAUAUUACGGAGGGCGGUGUAAUGAUGUGAUAUUACGGAGGGCGGUGUAAUGAUGUGAUAUUACGGAGGGCGGUGUAAUGAUGUGAUAUUACGGAGGGCGGUGUAAUGAUGUGAUAUUACGGAGGGCGGUGUAAUGAUGUGAUAUUACGGAGGGCGGUGUAAUGAUGUGAUAUUACGGAGGGCGGUGUAAUGAGAUGUGAUAUUACGGAGGGCGGUGUAAUGAGAUGUGAUAUUACGGAGGGCGGUGUAAUGAGAUGUGAUAAAUAAAUAAAUAAUUGGUCAUUUAGCAGACGCUCUUAUCCAGAGCGACUUACAGGAGCAAUUAGGGUUAAGUGCCUUGCUCGAGGGCACAUCGACAGAUUUUUCACCUAGUGGGCUCGGGGAUUAGAACCAGCGACCUUUCGGUUACUGGCACAACGCUCUUAACCACUAAGCUACCUGCCGCCCCACGUGAUAUUACGGAGGUGGGUGUAAUGAGACGUGAUAUUAUGGAGGGCGGUGUAAUGAGACGUGAUAUUACGGAGGGCGGUGUAAUGAGACGUGAUAUUACGGAGGGCGGUGUAAUGAGAUGUGAUAUUACGGAGGGCGGUGUAAUGACGGAGGGCGGUUUAAUGAGAUGUGAUAUGACGGAGGGCGGUGUAAUGAGAUGUGAUAUGACGGAGGGCGGUGUAAUGAGAUGUGAUAUGACGGAGGGCGGUGUAAUGAGAUGUGAUAUGACGGAGGGCGGUGUAAUGAGAUGUGAUAUAGCGGAGGGCGGUGUAAUGAGAUGUGAUAUGACGGAGGGGCGGGGGUAAAUGAGAUGUGAUAUUACGGAUGGGGAGGGCUGUGUAACUGAGAUGUGAAUAUUAAACGGAGGGCGGUGUAAUAAUGUGAUAUGACGGAGGGCGGUGUAAUGAGACGUGAUAUGACGGAGGGCGGUGUAAUGAGACGUGAUAUUACGGAGGGCGGUGUAAUGAGACGUGAUAUGACGGAGGGCGGUGUAAUGAGAUGUGAUAUGACGGAGGGCGGUGUAAUGAGAUGUGAUAUGACGGAGGGCGGUGUAAUGAGAUGUGAUAUGACGGAGGGCGGUGUAAUGAGAUGUGAUAUGACGGAGGGCGGUGUAAUGAGAUGUGAUAUGACGGAGGGCGGUGUAAUGAGAGUAUAUACGGAGGGCGUGUAUGAGAUGUGAUAUACGGAGGGCGGUGUGUAAUGAGAUGUGAUAUGACGGAGGGCGGGUUUGUUAAGUGAAUGUGAUAUGACGGAGGGCGGUUUGUAUGAAGAGAUGUGAUAUGACGGAGGGUCGGGUGUAAUGAGAUGUGAUAUGACGGAGGGCGGUGUAAUGAGAUGUGAUAUACGGAGGGCGGUGUAAUUGUUUAGAUGUGUGAUAUGACGGAGGGCGGUUAUGAGAUGUAUGACGAGGGCGUGUAAUGAGAUGUGAUAUGACGGAGGGCGUGUAAUGAGAGUGAUUGACGGAGGGCGGUGUAUGAGAUGAAUGACGGAGGCGUGUAAUGAGAUGAUAUACGGAGGGCGGGUGUAAUGAGACGUGAUAUGACGGAGGGGUGUGUUGUUGUGAAUGAGACGUGAUAUGACGGAGGGCGGUGUAAUGAGACGUGAUAUGACGGAGGGCGUGUAUGAUGUGAUAUACGGAUGUGUAAUGAGACGUGAUAUUGACGGAGGGCGGUGUAAUGAGACGUGAUAUGACGGAGGGCGGUUAAUGAGUAUAUACGGAGGCUGUAAUGAGACGUGAUAUGACGGAGGGCGGUGUAAUGAGACGUGAUAUGACGGAGGGCGGUGUAAUGAGACGUGAUAUUACGGAGGGCGGUGUAAUGAGAUGUGAUAUGACGGAGGGCGGUGUAAUGAGAUGUGAUAUGACGGAGGGCGGUGUAAUGAGAUGUGAUAUUACGGAGGGCGGUUGUAAUGAGAUGUGAUAUUACGGAGGCGUGUAAUGAGAGUGAUAUGACGGAGGGCGGUGUAAUGAGACGUGAUAUUACGGAGGGCGGUUGUAAUGAGACGUGAUAUGACGGAGGGCGGUGUAAUGAGACGUGAUAUGACGGAGGGCGGUGUAAUGAGAUGUGAUAUGACGGAGGGCGGUGUAAUGAGAUGUGAUAUGACGGAGGGCGGUGUAAUGAGAUGUGAUAUGACGGAGGGCGGUGUAAUGAGAUGUGAUAUGACGGAGGGCGGUGUAAUGAGAUGUGAUAUGACGGAGGGCGGUGUAAUGAGAUGUGAUAUGACGGAGGGCGGUGUAAUGAGAUGUGAUAUGACGGAGGGCGGUGUAAUGAGAUGUGAUAUUACGGAGGGCGGUGUAAUGAGAUGUGAUAUUACGCGUUUUAGACGUUUGUUUAUUAACAACAAUAUGACUCAUUUACAGUAACUGCACAGCAUCACAUACUUACCCCAGGUAGUCUAUGUAAUGCUAGCUAGCUAGCUAGACACCUUCCUAAUAUUGAGUUGCACCCCCCGACACCACUCCGUUUUGCCCUCAGAACAGCCUCAAUUCGUCGGGGGCAUGGACUCUAGAAGGUGUCGAAAGCAUUCCACAGUGAUGCUGACCCAUGUUGACUCCAAUGCUUCCCACAGUUGUGUCAAGUUGGCUGGAUGUCCUUUGGGUGGUGGACCAUUCUUGAUACACACGGGAAACUAUUGAGCGUGAACAACCCAGAAGUGUUGCAGUUCUUGACACAAACCGGUGCGCCUGGCACCUACUACCAUACCCUGUUCAAAGGCACUUAAAUCUCUGAAUGGCUCACAUACACAAUCCAUGUCUCAGUUGUCUCAAGGCUUAAAAAUGCAUUUUUUUAACAUGCUCCUCCCCUAUAUCUACACUGAUUUGAAGUGGAUUUACCAAGUGACAUCAAUAAGGGAUCAUAGCUUUCACCUGGAUUCAGCUGGUCAGUCUGUCAUGGAAAGAGCAGGUGUCCUUAAUGUUUUGUACACUCAGGGUAUGUGAUCAUAUACAAAUGUAAGCAAGGUUUAAAAUGAUUAUGUUUUAGUGAAAUAUAUCUGUUUGGCCUUUUUUUGCGGUCAAUUUGCAGUCUACAAAUUAUUUGUAAUUAUGUUCUGGCCUCCCGACCAUCCGGUCAAGAAAAAAUCGUUCCGGGGCUGAGUCUAGUUGACGAUCCCUGCUGUAUCGUCUCGCCAGACUGCAAUGCUGACUACAAUCCUUCUUUCUCUAGUUGUGUAACAAGGAGUUCCAGUACACUGCCUCUCUGAGAGCCCAUCUGGCCAGACACAAGCACCAGAAGAGCCAGAGGCCCACCCUGGUUAGGGUCCCCUUGUCCCAAGGUGAGGAGGGCCUCGAGGGGGACGGCAGGGCCAAGGGACGCACCAAGAGAGAGUUUGUCUGUGACAUCUGUGGAAAGACCCUUCCUAAGCUGUACUCGCUGAGGAUCCACAUGCUUAAUCACACAGGUCAGUUUCCCCCCCAGCACUUAGGUGGUGAAGAGCCUAUAUAAAUCCAAUCUAUUGUUGUUGUUGUUAUCAGGGGUCGCGUUAGUUUUCCGAAAUCAAGCAUUUUCAAAACGCAGACCAUCCAAAAAUCUGUUUUUAAACAAUUUCAUCUGCGUUUUAAUUUUGAAAGGCAACAGUAUUUUGUCGCAUCAAUAGAGUGAUAAGGGGAGAACUCCAGUUAUCACACAAAAUAAAUGGAUGCAAACAUUCGGCAGAAAAUAGCGUUUUCAUCUGAUAACAGAAGUGCAACGCUAAUUUGUUUGCAGCCACACAAGUAAAUGAGCUUAAAAUGAAAGAGGUGUUCUUCGCAACGACCAUGGAUGACCAUCAGAUUUCUUAUGUUUACCAUCGAAAGAAUCUAGCCAGCUACAUUUCCUAAUGUUUCACUUAAUGUUGCGUUUUAACUUGCUAAAACCACUGGAGAAAAAUAACCGUCUUCCUCCCUGUUAUCGGUCAGAGCGCUGUCCGCUGAUCGAAUGCCUGUUCGUGAAUGCGGGAAUUUGAUUGGUCUGACGACGAGAGCAAAGAUUUCUUGUCUGAUUGGAGAAAUGCAACUGAUGCACAAAAUUAGUCUGAAGCAGAGCAGAAAUAACAAUAAGAAGCAUUUUCCACAACGCAGCAAGAUGGUUCUGUUUUUUUAAUAUAUUUUUUCUGUGUGAGAAAUGCAGAAUUCUGCGUUAACGUGGCCCCUGUUAUUAUUGAUAUUAAGGAUUCAAUCCCAUGGCUGGUUAUAGGCGUAUGGUUUUUAAAGGCAAUGUUCCCGCAUUCACAGCAAUUCCAUUCACGGAAAACACUGCAUAUAUCGCCUUAAUUUGAAGUUGCCUUUUAAAGCAGUAAUGCCUAUAACCCGCGUUGGGAUCGAAUCCUUAAUAUCAAUAAAGCAGUAAUGCCUAUAACCCGCGUUGGGAUUGAAUCCUUAAUAUCAAUAAAGCAGUAAUGCCUAUAACCCGUGUUGGGAUUGAAUCCUUAAUAUCAAUAAAGCAGUAAUGCCUAUAACCCGCGUUGGGAUUGAAUCCUUAAUAUCAAUAAAGCAGUAAUGCCUAUAACCCGCGUUGGGAUUGAAUCCUUAAUAUCAAUAAAGCAGUAAUGCCUAUAACCCGCGUUGGGAUUGAAUCCUUAAUAUCAAUAAAGCAGUAAUGCCUAUAACCCGCGUUGGGAUUGAAUCCUUAAUAUCAAUAAAGCAGUAAUGCCUAUAACCCGCGUUGGGAUUGAAUCCUUAAUACCAAUAAAGCAGUAAUGCCUAUAACCCGCGUUGGGAUUGAAUCCUUAAUACCAAUAAAGCAGUAAUGCCUAUAAUCCGCGUUGGGAUUGAAUCCUUAAUAUCAAUAAAGCAGUAAUGCCUAUAACCCGCGUUGGGAUUGAAUCCUUAAUAUCAAUAAAGCAGUAAUGCCUAUAACCCGCGUUGGGAUUGAAUCCUUAAUAUCAAUAAAGCAGUAAUGCCUAUAACCCGCGUUGGGAUUGAAUCCUUAAUAUCAAUAAAGCAGUAAUGCCUAUAACCCGCGUUGGGAUUGAAUCCUUAAUAUCAAUAAAGCAGUAAUGACUAUAACCCGCGUUGGGAUUGAAUCCUUAAUAUCAAUAAAGCAGUAAUGCCUAUAACCCGCGUUGGGAUUGAAUCCUUAAUAUCAAUAAAGCAGUAAUGCCUAUAACCCGCGUUGGGAUUGAAUCCUUAAUACCAAUAAAGCAGUAAUGCCUAUAACCCGCGUUGGGAUUGAAUCCUAGCCUAAUAGUAUUGUUUAUUAUUUCCACAGGGGUACGGCCCCACUCCUGCAAGGUUUGUGGGAAGACGUUUGCUCAUAAACACAGCCUGAAGAUGCACAGAGGUCUACAUGACGCUGUUAAACAGUUCCACUGUCUGCUCUGUGACAAGUCCUUUGUUAGUAAGAGAAGUCUGGAGGAGCACACCAGCAUUCACACAGGUACAAUACAACAUUACCUUAUACACCAGCAUUCACACAGGUGCAAUACAACAUUACCUUAUACACCAGUAUUCACACAGGUGUACAAUACAACAUUACCUUAUACACCAGCAUUCACACAGGUGCAAUACAACAUUACCUUAUACACCAGUAUUCACACAGGUGUACAAUACAACAUUACCUUAUACACCAGCAUUCACACAGGUGUACAAUGCAACAUUACCUUAUACACCAGCAUUCACACAGGUGCAAUACAACAUUACCUUAUACACCAGCAUUCACACAGGUGCAAUACAACAUCACCUUAUACUCCAGCAUUCACACAGGUGCAAUACAACAUUACCUUAUACACCAGCAUUCACACAGGUGCAAUACAACAUUACCUUAUACACCAGCAUUCACACAGGUGCAAUACAACAUUACCUUAUACACCAGCAUUCACACAGGUGCAAUACAACAUUACCUUAUACACCAGCAUUCACACAGGUGUACAAUGCAACAUUACCUUAUACACCAGCAUUCACACAGGUGCCAUACAACAUUACCUUAUACACCAGCAUUCACACAGGUGUGCAAUACAACAUUACCUUAUACACCAGCAUUCACACAGGUGUACAAUGCAACAUUACCUUAUACACCAGCAUUCACACAGGUGCAAUACAACAUUACCUUAUACACCAGCAUUCACACAGGUGCAAUACAACAUUACCUUAUACACCAGCAUUCACACAGGUGUACAAUGCAACAUUACCUUAUACACCAGCAUUCACACAGGUGCAAUACAACAUUACCUUAUACACCAGUAUUCACACAGGUGUACAAUACAACAUUACCUUAUACACCAGCAUUCACACAGGUGUACAAUGCAACAUUACCUUAUACACCAGCAUUCACACAGGUGCAAUACAACAUUACCUUAUACACCAGCAUUCACACAGGUGUACAAUACAACAUCACCUUAUACACCAGCAUUCACACAGGUGUACAAUACAACAUUACCUUACAAAUCCCUUGAAACACUACAGAGCCGUAGAGCUGAUCAAAGCAGAGCUGUUCUGCGUUGGACUGGCUAGGCAUCCAUCACAGGACUGGCUAGGCAUCCAUCACAGGACUGGCUAGGCAUCCAUCACAGGACUGGCUAGGCAUCCAUCACAGGACUGGCUAGGCAUCCAUCACAGGACUGGCUAGGCAUCCAUCACAGGACUGGCUAGGCAUCCAUCACAGGACUGGCUAGGCAUCCAUCACAGGACUGGCUAGGCAUCCAUCACAGGACUGGCUAGGCAUCCAUCACAGGACUGGCUAGGCAUCCAUCACAGGACUGGCUAGGCAUCCAUCACAGGACUGGCUAGGCAUCCAUCACAGGACUGGCUAGGCAUCAUCAUAGUUUCUAGACAGGACAAUGUGAAAAGAGCCAGUAUGGUACGGUUUGGGUUGGCACAAUAGUGUGGAAACUGUAUUAGUCCUCAGUCCAUAGGAACACAUUGCUCACUGAUGGGGAUAUUAUUACUAUGCUGUUCACUCAAUACAGAGGUCCGUGGCUUAGUGAAUCUAGGUGUCUGUGGUUAAAUCCCUGUUAAAUGUCCUCCAGGUGAAUCGAAGUAUCUGUGCACCCAGUGUGGGAGGUCGUUCCACCGAGCCUCUGGUCUGAGUAAACACCUAAAGAGACACCAGCCCAGACCUGAUGUACGAGGGUUCCCCUGUAAUCAGUAAGGACCUACUUCUCUGUCCUCAUACUCAAGCAUUCAUUUGGAUUAAGUAGGUGUGCGUGUAUCUGAGUGGGUGAGUUGAGUCUUUUCUUGUGUGUGUGAGAGAGAUGUUUUGUGAGUGUGAUGUCAAGCCUGUGUGUGCACGUCCCGCCAUCCUGCUGUAUCCCCUCUACCAGCUGUUUAUUUUAGGUGUGUGUGCAAUAUUCUGUCUAACGGUGGACAAAACAUUAGGAACACCUGCUCUUUCCAUGACAUAGACUGACCAGGUGAAUCCGGGUGAAAGCUCUGAUUCCUUAUUGAUGUCACUUGUUAAAUCCACUUCAAUCAGUGUAGAUGAAGGGGAGGAGACGGGUUAAAGAAGGAUUUCUAAGCCUUGAGACAAUUGAGACUUGGAUUGUGUAUGUGUGCCAUUCAGAGGGUGAAUGGGCAAGACAAAGAUUUAAGUCCCUUUGAACGGGGUAUGGUAGUAGGUGCCAGGCACACCGGUUUGUGUCAAGAACUGCAACGCUGCUGGGUUUUUCACGCUCAACAGUUUCCAGUGUGUAUCAAGAAUGGCCCACCACCCAAAGGACAUCCAGCCAAUGGCAGGCCAUUGAUGAAAGAGGACAAAGGAGACUGACACACAUUUUCCAGAGCAACAGACGGGCUGCAGUUAGUCAACUGACAGUCCAGUACAACGAAGACCCAUAAGAGAAUGCCCAACUCGUCGUACCUUGACACCAAUGGGGCGUGGCAGCCGACCGCCUUGGAGUUCCACUGCUUUCAGCGAAAAACAAGAAGCUGCGUUUGCAGUGGGCUCAGGAACUAAAACACUGGAGAAUUGGGAGUCUAGUUUGGGGAAGCACAUUUUUACCAUGAGAAAAUAUAAAGCAUUCCAUGCAUCAUCACAUUUGCAGAGUUAUGCAAGAUAGCUGACAAUUCCUAGUGUGAUUAGUGGAUUGGAUAGUCAUCAUAUAGUCUAAUAUAACUCAAUCACUGUUCGUAAAAAAGACUGUUAAAUGCAGCGUGUGGUGGAGUUAGGUCUGCUAGAUCAGAUGGGGCUGGACUAGAUCAGAUCAGAUGGGCCUGGGCUAGAUCAGAUCAGAUGGGGCUGGACUAGAUCAGAUCAGAUGGGGCUGGGCUAGAUCAGAUCAGAUGGGGCUGGACUAGAUCAGAUCAGAUGGGCCUGGGCUGGAUCAGAUCAGAUCAGAUGGGCCUGGGCUGGGCUGGAUCAGAUCAGAUCAGAUGGGCCUGGGCUGGACUAGAUCAGAUCAGAUGGGGCUGGGCUGGGCUGGAUCAGAUCAGAUGGGGCUGGGCUGGGCUGGAUCAGAUCAGAUGGGGCUGGGCUGGGCUGGAUCAGAUAGGUUAUCCAAUUACUGUCACAGCCCUAGUGUGAUGGUGUGUUUUUCAUGGCACACAUUGGGCUCCUUGAUAGAAGUUGAGCAACGUUUGAAUGCCACAGGAUAUCUGAACGUCCUUGCCAAUCAUGUGCAUCCCGUCAUGUCAGCAGUGUAUCAAUCUGCAAAUAGAUUAUUUUUUCAGCAGGAUAAUGCCCCAUGCCACAAGGCUAGGAUUGUCCAGGAAUGGUUCCACAAACAGGAAUUCAGCUUACUUCAGUUUUUUAUUUAUUUCACCUUUAUUUAACCAGGUAAACCAGUUGAGAACAACUUCUCACUUACAACUGCGACCUGGCCAAGAUAAAGCAAAGCAGUGCGAUAAAAACAACAACACAGAGUUACAUAUGGGGUAAAACAAAACAAAGUCAAAAAUACAACAGAAAUACAUAUAAUAUACAGUGUGCAAAUUUAGCAAGUUAUGGAGGUAAGGCAAUAAAAUAGGCUAUAGUGCAAAAUAAUUACAAUUUAGUAUUAACACUGGAAUGAUGUGCAAAUAGAGAUACUGGGGUACAAAUGAGCAAAAUAAAUAACAAUAUAGGGAUGAGGUAGUUGGGCGGGCUAAUUUCAGAUGGGCUGUGUACAGGUGCAGUGAUCGGUAAGGUGCUCUGACAACUGAGUGGGCCUGCCCAGUCACCAGAUCUCAAUCCAACUGAGCAUCUGGGGGGGAUGAGAUGGAACGAGCUAUUCGGAGUAGAGAUCCACUAGCAGCCAACUUGACAACAACUGUGGGAAGCAUUGGGGUGAACAUGGGCCAGCAUCCCUGUGGAGCGCUUUUCGACACCUUGUAGAGUCCACGCCUCGACAAAUGGAGGCUGUUCUGAGGGCAAAAGGGGGUGCAACUCAAUAUUAUGGUGUUCCUAAUGUUUUGUACACUCCGUGUGUGUGUAUACAGUAUGUGAUGUAGUGCCUGUCCUGACUGGUCUGUGUCCCUUCCUCUCCUCCAGCUGUGAUAAGAGUUUCUUUGAGGCCAAAGACCUGCAGCAGCACAUGAACAAGCACCUGGGACUCAAGCCCUUCCAGUGUCAGGUGGGGGGAAUAAUAAUCAUCAUCAUCAUCAUCAUCAUAAUAAUACAAAUAAUUGAUGUUGUGUAUUGUUUUCUGUUCUACCAGGUGUGUGGGAAGUGUUACAGCUGGAAGAAGGACUGGUACUCCCAUGUCAAGUCCCACAGCGUGGCUGAGCCUUACAAGUAAGUCACCAACACAGAAACCUAAUUCUAUUCGUCACGUCGCUUGGUAAACAACAGGUGUGGACUAAACAGUGAAAUGCUGACUUACGGUCCCUUCCCAACAACGCAGAGAGAAAGAAAAUAGAGAAAUCAUAGAAAAGUAAAACACGUAAUAAUAAAUACACAAUGAGUAACGAUAACUUGGCUAUAAACACGGUACCGAGUCGAUGUGCAGGGGUACGAGCUAAUUGAGGUAGAUAUGUACAUAAACUCAGCAAAAAAAGAAACGUCCCUUUUUCAGGACCCUGUCUUUCAAAGAUAAUUCGUAAAAAUCCAAAUAACUUCACAGAUCUUCAUUGUAAAGGGUUUAAACAUUGUUUCCCAUGCUUGUUCAAUGAACCAUAAACAAUGAAUGAACAUGCACCUGUGGAAAGGUCGUUAAGACACUAACAGCUUACAGACAGUAGGCAAUUAAGGUCACAGUUAUGAAAACUUAGAACACUAAAGAGGACUUUCUACUGACUCUGAAAAACACCAAAAGAAAGAUGCCCAGGGUCCCUGCUCAUCUGCGUGAAUGUGCCUUAGGCAUGCUGCAAGGAGGCAUGAGGACUGCAGAUGUGGCCAGGGCAAUGAAUUGCAAUGUCCGUACUGUGAGACGCCUAAGACAGCGCUACAGGGAGACAGGACGGACAGCUGAUCGUCCUCGCAGUGGUAGACCAGUGCUCUUCACUGACGAGUCGUGAUUUUGUCUCUCCAGGGGUGAUGGUUGGAUUCGCGUUUAUCGUCGAAGGAAUGAGCGUUACACCGAGGCCUGUACUCUGGAGCGGAAUCAAUUUGGAGGUGGAGGGUCCUUCAUGGUCUGGGGCGGUGUGUCACAGCAUCAUCGGACUGAGCUUGUUGUCAUUGCAGGCAAUCUCAACACUGUGGGUUACAGGGAAGACAUCCUCCUCCCUCAUGUGGUACCCUUCCUGCAGGCUCAUCCUGACAUGACCCUCCAGCAUGACAAUGCCACCAGCCAUACUGCUCGUUCUGUGGGUGAUUUCCUGCAAGACAGGAAUGUCAGUGUUCUGCCAUGGCCAGCGAAGAGCCCGGAUCUCAAUCCCAUUGAGCACGUCUGGGACCUGUUGGAUCGGAGGGUGAGGGCUAGGGCCAUUCCCCCCCAGAAAUGUCCGGGAACUUGCAGAUGCCUUGGUGGAAGAGUGGGGUAACAUCUCACAGCAAGAACUGGCAAAUCUGGUGCAGUCCAUGAAGAGAUGCACUGCAGUACUUAAUGCAGCUGGUGGCCACACCAGAUACUGACCGUUACUUUUGAUUUUGACCCCCCCCCCCCCCUCCUUUGUUCAGGGACACAUUAUUACAUUUCUGUUAGUCACAUGUCUGUGGAACUUGUUCAGUUUGUCUCAGUUGUUGAAUCUUGUUAUGUUCAUACAAAUAUUUACACAUGUUAAGUUUGCUGAAUAAAUAUAUAUAUAUAUACAUAUACGCAUUUGACAGUGAGAGGACGUUUCUUUUUUUGCUGAGUUUAUAACUAGGAAUAAAGUGACAGAUGGUAAACGGUAGCAGCAGCGCAUGUGCAAAAGGGGUCAAUGCAGAUAGUCCAGGUAGCUAUUUGGUUAACUAUUUAUCAGUCUUAUGGCUUGGGGGUAGAAGCUGUUCAGUGUCCUGUUGGUUCCAGACUUGGUGAAUCGGUACCGCUUGCCGCGCGGUAGCAGAGAACAGUCUAUGACGUGGGGCCUGUAUGGCAGGGAGCUCGGCCCAAGGGAUGUACUGGGCUGUCCCCACCACCCUCUGUAGCACCAUGAGAUCGAGGGCGGUGCAGUUGCCGUACCAGGCGGUGAUGCAGCCAGUCAAGAUGCUCUCAGUGGUGCAGCUGUAUAACUUUGAGGGUCUGAGAGCCCAUGCCAAAUCUUUUCAGGCUCCUGAGGGGGAAGAGGCAUUGUCGUGCCCGCUUCACGACUGUUGGUGUGUUUGGACCAUGACAAUAGAUCCUUUGUGAUGUGGACACAGAGAAACUUGAAGCUUUUGACCCGAUCCACUACAGCACUGUUGAUGUUAAUGGUGGCGUGCUCGGCUGUCAUGUGAAUUUCUAUCUCUAAUUCAACCUAAGCUUGAAUCAUUACCAGAGGUUGUAAGGCUCUGGUUUUAAUCAUAAAUGAUUCAAGGUCCAUAACCACGAAGAAAAUAUCUUUAUUCAUGGAGAGCUCUGACGCCAAAGACACAGACAUACGGUUUUAUACCUCCUGAACUUGACUCCUCCCACCUUUAGGUGGCUUUUCUAAACAGUUUCCGCCUUCCCCUUCCCCCUUGAAUGUUUAGUACCGCCCCCUCUGUUAGUGGGUUGACACUACAUGAUAAUUCUAACAUUUAUACUGUAUUUGGGGUGAAAUCCUUUAGUCAUUAUUCUUAAAAUACAAAUUAAUCUAACAUCGGCCCUCCGUUUCCUGUAGUCCACGAUCAGCUCCUUUGUCUUGCUGACGUUGAGGGAGAGGUUGUUGUCCUGGCACCACCCUGCCAGGUCUCUGACCUCCUCCCUAUAGGCUGUCUCAUCGUUGUCGGUAAUCAGGCCUACCACCGUCGUGUCGUCAGCAAACUUAAUGAUGGUGUUGGAGUCGUGCCUGGCCACGCAGUCAUGAGGGGUACAGGAGGGGACUAAGUACGCACCCCUGAGGGGCCCCCGUUUUGAGGAUCAGCGUGGCGGUUGUGUUGGACGUUAACAAGGCGACACGCCAUCUUAACUCCUCCUCCAUAUUUACUGGAUUGGGUUGAACAGUGCAGAAGAGGACCUCCCCCAACAGAACCUCUACCGUCAGUUUCUAUUUUAUUCUCAUCAGGACCAGAAUACGUGGACCAGAAUACGUGGCCCAGAAUACGUGGGGCAUCUCGUUCAGGCGUUUCUUUUAGCCUGCUACGUUAGGAUACCACUAAUAUGUUCACAGCCUUGACAAGAGUUUCAAAAACUGACCCAUUUACCGGAGCGCCAAGUCUAGGACCAAAAGGUUCCUUAACAGCUUCUAUCCCAAAGCCAUAAGACUGCUGAACAAUUAAUCAAAUGGCCACCCUGAUUAUUUACAAUACCCCCCCCCCCUCCAUUUGUUUUACACCCGUUGUUUAUUAUCUAUGCAAAGUCACCUUACCCCUAUGUACAAAUGACCUGGACUAACCUGUACCCCCGCACAUUGACUCGGUACCGGUACCCCCUCAUUAUUUUAUUUUUACUCUUUUUUACUUUAGUUUAUUUAGUAAAUAUUUAGUAAAACUCUUUCUUGAACUGCAUUGUUGGUUAAGGGCUUGUAAGUAAAGUCUACACCUGUUGUAUUCGGCUAAUGUGACAAAUAAAGUUUGAUUUUAUUUAGUUUACGUUCAAACAUGAAACGCAUGCGUUCAUAAUAUAUACACAAACAUUUUCAUACCAAUUAGUCUUUGGGAUAUGUUCUUUAUUUGUCUCUGUUUCUAACGAGGGAGGGGAGGAAUAAAGCACUUUGUGUUGAUGUAAAAAGGUUUUUCUAGAUAAUGUUUGAUUGUUAAUCCUUUGUCCUGUAGGUGUAAUGUGUGUGGUAAGGAGUUCUUUGAGAAAGCUCUGUUCAGGAGACAUGUGAAGAAGGCUACGCAUGGCAAGAAGGGCAGAGUAAAGCAGAACCUAGAGCGAGAGUGUGAACACUGUGGCAGGAAGUUCACCCAGCUCAGAGAGUACAGGCGACACAUGAACAACCACCAAGGUGAGACACUGAAAGCCACAAUCUUGUCAUUCUUCAAGCCUAAUGGCAGCCCAGACCCUUGGUUUGCUAUAAACUUGAGGGACGGGACCGGAGAAAUGUAAGCUCUCUCAAGUUCAUAGAUGGAGCUGUGCAUGUAAGCAUCUUAACGCGAACCACACUAAAUAGUCUCACUCGCUCGAACAGUAAAAUGUACUACUCACUGAUGAAGUUUACACAUUUCUAACAUACUGCCCUAAUUUUUGUAAGAAAGGUGUUGAUAAAAUGAAAGAUUAAAUCUCUCAAAGAUUUAUGACAUAGAAAUAUUUUAUAAAAUAUGUAAAAAGUCCAGAUUGGACUUAAUAGGUACAGAGUUUAGCCUUUAUACCCAUGGGUGUCCCAAAUAAGCCCACCUCUUAAAUAUUCCAUUUUAAUUCAUUUCCAAAUAUUAAACUUACAAACUGACAUUUGAUAUGUAUAAUUAUAUUAAUCUCCCCUAAAGUUAUUAAAAUAAAUGGAUCAUUGCUAUUCAUCUUGACAGUAGCGCUCAUAACAGUGGGUUGUCCAAUCAGAGAUCAAGGUGGAUUUAAGGUGUCAGCAUGCUAGAUCUGGCCCCAAGCCGAACGAGUGUGCUCGCAUACUCCCUUAAAAGACAUGAAAAAAGUGGCAGUAGUACUGUUUGUCCAUUUUGAGACGCCGUAGCCAAUAUCCAGUUCCUCAAAAUAGUCAGAAUUGAUCUAAGAUCACUCAAGAAAUCUGUCAUUCAUUUGAAGUUUUUGCCGACGAGAUCUUAGUUGCGCAAUUUUACAUCUAACUACGAUGUUUGGUGCAGUUUUUUUUUUUCUUCUUCAUGACAACAUACGUUAUUGAAGAAUCCUGUUGACCAAUCACUGACGAAGGGGCGUAGACUUCGGCUCCGAACUUCGGCUUGCCUCCAGAAAAUGUGUGUGCCCGAACAUCAUGAAAAAAAAACUCACAGAAGUCCAAAACUAACAAAAACAUAACAAAAUGUCGUCAUAAUAUACAGAAUGCACAAACUGUUUCGGCUGGGAAGCAUGCGGACGCUUUUGUUGUUGCCAAUCAGAACACAUCUGAUUUCAACUAAUCAGACUUCAAUCAAGACAUGAUUAAUUGAAUCAGGUGUGUUAUUGCUUGGUUAGAACAAAAACCUGCACCCGCACUGGCCCUCUUUGCACAAACACCAUAACACACACAACUUUCCAUUAGUUGUCUGAAAGCGGUUUCACAUUUGCUGUUCUUAUUAGUUAGUUAGUUCAACUUGUCUUCCUAAAGCCCAUCUGAAGACAGUUUCAAAUCUCCCUUUGCUGUUGUAUUACAAAGGUACAGGUGGUGGACCAAAAAAACUGAAUCACAUGGAUGAAUGAAGGACGACAAUAUGACAAUGGCCCCCCACCCAAUGGCCCCCCCACCCAAUGGCCCCCCACCCAAAAGAGCAUGAGUAGUCAUCUACUAGUCUUCUUGUCCCUCAUUUGUUUUGUAUUUUUGUCCACCACUUUUCUCUGCAUCAACCGCUACCUGUCUGCUCCAGAUGUCUUGGAGACAGUAUAGAGGUUUCUCAUCUUGGUAAAGGCACCAUGGCAUCAACCGCUACCUGUCUGCUCCAGAUGUCUUGGAGACCGUAUAGAGGUUUCUCAUCUUGGUAAAGGCACCAUGGCAUCAACCGCUACCUGUCUGCUCCAGAUGUCUUGGAGACAGUAUAGAGGUUUCUCAUCUUGGUAAAGGCACCAUGGCAUCAACCGCUACCUGUCUGCUCCAGAUGUCUUGGAGACAGUACAGAGGUUUCUCAUCUUGGUAAAGGCACCAUGGCAUCAACCGCUACCUGUCUGCUCCAGAUGUCUUGGAGACAGUAUAGAGGUUUCUCAUCUUGGUAAAGGCACCAUGGCAUCAACCGCUACCUGUCUGCUCCAGAUGUCUUGGAGACAGUACAGAGGUUUCUCAUCUUGGUAAAGGCACCAUGGCAUCAACCGCUACCUGUCUGCUCCAGAUGUCUUGGAGACAGUACAGAGGUUUCUCAUCUUGGUAAAGGCACCAUGGCAUCAACCGCUACCUGUCUGCUCCAGAUGUCUUGGAGACCGUACAGAGGUUUCUCAUCUUGGUAAAGGCACCGUGGCAUCAACCGCUACCUGUCUGCUCCAGAUGUCUUGGAGACCGUAUAGAGGUUUCUCAUCUUGGUAAAGGCACCAUGGCAUCAACCGCUACCUGUCUGCUCCAGAUGUCUUGGAGACCGUAUAGAGGUUUCUCAUCUUGGUAAAGGCACCAUGGCAUCAACCGCUACCUGUCUGCUCCAGAUGUCUUGGAGACAGUAUAGAGGUUUCUCAUCUUGGUAAAGGCACCAUGGCAUCAACCGCUACCUGUCUGCUCCAGAUGUCUUGGAGACCGUAUAGAGGUUUCUCAUCUUGGUAAAGGCACCAUGGCAUCAACCGCUACCUGUCUGCUCCAGAUGUCUUGGAGACCGUAUAGAGGUUUCUCAUCUUGGUAAAGGCACCAUGGCAUCAACCGCUACCUGUCUGCUCCAGAUGUCUUGGAGACAGUAUAGAGGUUUCUCAUCUUGGUAAAGGCACCAUGGCAUCAACCGCUACCUGUCUGCUCCAGAUGUCUUGGAGACAGUACAGAGGUUUCUCAUCUUGGUAAAGGCACCAUGGCAUCAACCGCUACCUGUCUGCUCCAGAUGUCUUGGAGACAGUAUAGAGGUUUCUCAUCUUGGUAAAGGCACCAUGGCAUCAACCGCUACCUGUCUGCUCCAGAUGUCUUGGAGACAGUACAGAGGUUUCUCAUCUUGGUAAAGGCACCAUGGCAUCAACCGCUACCUGUCUGCUCCAGAUGUCUUGGAGACAGUACAGAGGUUUCUCAUCUUGGUAAAGGCACCAUGGCAUCAACCGCUACCUGUCUGCUCCAGAUGUCUUGGAGACCGUACAGAGGUUUCUCAUCUUGGUAAAGGCACCGUGGCAUCAACCGCUACCUGUCUGCUCCAGAUGUCUUGGAGACCGUAUAGAGGUUUCUCAUCUUGGUAAAGGCACCAUGGCAUCAACCGCUACCUGUCUGCUCCAGAUGUCUUGGAGACCGUAUAGAGGUUUCUCAUCUUGGUAAAGGCACCAUGGCAUCAACCGCUACCUGUCUGCUCCAGAUGUCUUGGAGACAGUAUAGAGGUUUCUCAUCUUGGUAAAGGCACCAUGGCAUCAACCGCUACCUGUCUGCUCCAGAUGUCUUGGAGACCGUAUAGAGGUUUCUCAUCUUGGUAAAGGCACCAUGGCAUCAACCGCUACCUGUCUGCUCCAGAUGUCUUGGAGACCGUAUAGAGGUUUCUCAUCUUGGUAAAGGCACCAUGGCAUCAACCGCUACCUGUCUGCUCCAGAUGUCUUGGAGACCGUACAGAGGUUUCUCAUCUUGGUAAAGGCACCAUGGCAUCAACCGCUACCUGUCUGCUCCAGAUGUCUUGGAGACCGUACAGAGGUUUCUCAUCUUGGUAAAGGCACCAUGGCAUCAACCGCUACCUGUCUGCUCCAGAUGUCUUGGAGACCGUACAGAGGUUUCUCAUCUUGGUAAAGGCACCAUGGCAUCAACCGCUACCUGUCUGCUCCAGAUGUCUUGGAGACCGUACAGAGGUUUCUCAUCUUGGUAAAGGCACCGUGGCAUCAACCGCUACCUGUCUGCUCCAGAUGUCUUGGAGACCGUACAGAGGUUUCUCAUCUUGGUAAAGGCACCGUGGCAUCAACCGCUACCUGUCUGCUCCAGAUGUCUUGGAGACCGUACAGAGGUUUCUCAUCUUGGUAAAGGCACCAUGGCAUCAACCGCUACCUGUCUGCUCCAGAUGUCUUGGAGACAACCGCUACCUGUCUGCUCCAGAUGUCUUGGAGACAACCGCUACCUGUCUGCUCCAGAUGUCUUGGAGACAACCGCUACCUGUCUGCUCCAGAUGUCUUGGAGACAACCGCUACCUGUCUGCUCCAGAUGUCUUGGAGACAACCGCUACCUGUCUGCUCCAGAUGUCUUGGAGACAACCGCUACCUGUCUGCUCCAGAUGUCUUGGAGACAACCGCUACCUGUCUGCUCCAGAUGUCUUGGAGACAACCGCUACCUGUCUGCUCCAGAUGUCUUGGAGACAACCGCUACCUGUCUGCUCCAGAUGUCUUGGAGACAACCGCUACCUGUCUGCUCCAGAUGUCUUGGAGACAACCGCUACCUGUCUGCUCCAGAUGUCUUGGAGACAACCGCUACCUGUCUGCUCCAGAUGUCUUGGAGACAACCGCUACCUGUCUGCUCCAGAUGUCUUGGAGACAACCGCUACCUGUCUGCUCCAGAUGUCUUGGAGACAACCGCUACCUGUCUGCUCCAGAUGUCUUGGAGACAACCGCUACCUGUCUGCUCCAGAUGUCUUGGAGACAACCGCUACCUGUCUGCUCCAGAUGUCUUGGAGACAACCGCUACCUGUCUGCUCCAGAUGUCUUGGAGACAACCGCUACCUGUCUGCUCCAGAUGUCUUGGAGACAACCGCUACCUGUCUGCUCCAGAUGUCUUGGAGACAACCGCUACCUGUUCUGACUCCAGAUGUUUGGAGACCGUAUAGAGGUUCUCAUCUUGGUCAAAGGCACCAUGGCAUCAACCCGCUACCUGUUGCUCCAGAUGUCUUGGAGACCGUAUAGGGUUUCUCAUCUUGUAAAGGCACCAUGGCAUCAACCGCUACCUGUCUGCUCCAGAUGUCUUGGAGACCGUACAGAGGUUUCUCAUCUCAUGGCUAGAUGCAUCACUGUAGUUUUUGUGUGUUUUUAAUCAACUUAAAUCUGAACAAAAAAAAACAUUUAUGCUCAUGUUUAUUGAAUAUUAUGGAUGUCAACACACUAUCCCCAUGUGCAAACCUGUGCAUACUGGGCUUAAUAGAGGAGCAUACCGGGCUUAAUAGAGGAGCAUACCGGGCUUAAUGGAGGAGCAUACGGGGCUUAAUGGAGGAGCAUACGGGGCUUAAUAGAGGAGCAUACCGGGCUUAAUAGAGGAGCAUACCGGGCUUAAUAGAGGAGCAUACCGGGCUUAAUGGAGGAGCAUACCGGGCUUAAUAGAGGAGCAUACCGGGCUUAAUAGAGGAGCAUACCGGGCUUAGAGGAGCAUACCGGGCUUAGAGGAGCAUACCGGGCUUAGAGGAGCAUACCGGGCUUAGAGGAGCAUACCGGGCUUAGAGGAGCAUACCGGGCUUAAUAGAGGAGCAUACCGGGCUUAAUAGAGGAGCAUACCGGGCUUAAUAGAGGAGCAUACCGGGCUUAAUAGAGGAGCAUACCGGGCUUAAUUUGAACAACAGUGAUAUAUGGUGUAAAAGACAAUCAUGUACUAUAAUGCCAUCUAUGGAGAACAACAGUAAUAAGACUACAUGCAUUUAAAAAUGUAAGCUGUGAAACCAUCUUGUUGUAGUUCACCAAGUUAUGUUGCUACUGUGACAUGCAGGCGUGACCGCUAGCAUUAAAAAUAUAUAUAUAUAUUUUCAAUUGGCAAGAAAUAGUAUUUAAUGCCCAUGAACUAUGAAAUAGUAUUUAAUGCCCAUGAACUAUGCUAUCAUGUGCAUAUAUCAACAGUCAUCUCUUAGUUUUACAUAAAGUAUGAUCACUUAUCUGAGAAGGUACAAGAAAAUGUAUCUGAAGGUUGCCUCAACACUUUUCUUUUUGCAGCUUUGAAAUUGGCCACUAGUGGGAACUUACACAAAUGAACAAUACAACAUCUGAUUGGAUUAGAAGAACAACGUUUUUAUGGAUAUAACAACCAGAUGAAUUGGUUGAAACAUUAAACAGCAGAAAAGUGUUUUCUCAUUUAUAUAUAUAUUUUAUCCUAAAAUGGAAGUUGGGCUUAAUGGCUACAUGGGCUUAACACUAGAAAGGCCAAGUUAUUACCCGUUUUAGGAGGGCAUGUCAUUUUUUUUUUUUUUGUGAAGUGUUGCAAGUGACUUAAGGACAAGGGAUAAUGGCUAAAUGGGGUCCAACUGAUGCCAUUGCAUAUCGACUCACACCAUACAGUAAACACGCGCCAGGCCACAAAUAAGGUGUCCAAUAACUGACAAUGGACUAUUUUUGACUGCUGUCAUAUCGACACGUAUUCAUUAUAAUGCCAUUGUAAUGUAGCCUCCUGUAGCUCAGUUGGUAGAGCGUGGCGCUUGCAACGCCAGGGUUGUGGGUUCGAUUCCCACGGGGGGCCAGUAUGGAAAAAUGUAUGCGCUCACUAACUGUAAGUCGCUCUGGAUAAGAGCGUCUGCUAAAUGACUAAAAAUGUAUUCAUUGCGUUUGUACUGAUUUCCUCUAUUUAUCGAGCACACUUGGUGCUUAUGAUGAUGUUUAGGCUACUGAUGUUUUCUUAAUUUGACCGCGCGUCAUUGGCAGGAAGGGGGGGGUCCAACGAGGCCUUUCUAAUGUUCAUGGGGACACUUACCCUGCAGACAGGAUGUUCAUUGGGCGGCUGGAGAAUAAGGGGUCUGUGGGACUGCAACAUAGUGCUGAAUGUUUCCCUGUCUUCUAACACCUGUCCUCUUCUCUCAGGAGUCAAACCCUUUGAGUGUCUGACGUGCGGCGUAGCCUGGGCCGACGCCCGCUCCCUGAAGCGCCACGUGCGCACCCACACCGGCGAGCGCCCCUACGUGUGCCCCGAGUGCCAGGAGGCCCACAUCGAUGCCCGCUCCCUCCGCAAGCACAUGACCAAGUACCACGGCGACCUCCUGCCGGGGAAAAUCAUGCUGGAGAAAGAUACGCUACAGUUCCACAACCAGGGUACUCAGGUCGAACACGCCGUCUCCAUCCUGGCGUCCGAUCUCCCCCCCGAGCUCCGGCCCGCCCAGCCGCUGCCGGCCGAGGAGAUCGAGACUGUUCUGAUCACGGAGGAGACUGUGGAGGCGGUAGAAGCGGUUCAGGCCGUUCAAGGUGACGGGGUCACCUUGUCAGACCAGAGCAUCAUGCAGGUGGUGAACUAUGUGCUGUCUCAGCAGAGUGUGCUGCCUGAGGGGGUGAAGAUGGAGGAGCAGGAGGUUAUACAGACCAUGGAGGUGGAGGUGGCCCACGUGGCAGAGGUGGAGUGA